AUGUCAGAAUUUAAACUAUCCGGCGUUCUAGCAUUCCUAUCGGCAAAAGAUAUCCCUGGAUCAAAUAACUUUGUGCCUCUCAAUAUUGAAGGUGCGUUGGUUCCCGAAGAAAUUCUCUGUGAACGAAAUGUUAAGUAUUACAAUCAACCAAUAGGAAUCAUCGUAGCUGAAACAGAGAAGAUAGCUAACAGAGCUGCUUUGUUGGUCAAAGCAAAGUACAAGAACGUAAAAAAACAACCAGUUUUUACAAUAAGGGAAGUAUUAGACAGAGAGCCUGAACGGGUAACAGUUUUUAUAGUCUACCCUGCUAGGGACAGAGGAUUGAAUGUGCAAAGGAUUAUGAAAGGAUCCAAUGAUAUAUUCGAUCAAUAUCAUUACCACAUGGAGACGCAGUCGUGUGUCACCAAGCCCAGUGAGGACGGCAUUGAUGUGGUCGCUGCAACACAAUGGCCUGAUCAGGUACACGUCGCAAUAUCACAGGUGUUGAAUAUCGAACAAAGCAGAAUUAAUCUGACAGUACCACGUCUGGGCGGUGCGUACGGUGCUAAAUUGUCUCGCAACUGUCUUAUCGCCUGCGCGUGCGCUCUCACCACAUACUUGACCAACCGACCUUGCCGCUUCAUAAUGUCUAUGCAGGCCAAUACAAGAAUUAUUGGUAAACGGAAUCCUUGUAUGGUGGAUUAUGAGGUUGGUGUAAGUGAUACUGGGGAAGUACAGUAUUUGGAAUAUCACUUGUACUCAGACAAUGGUUGCAUUGUUGGUGACCCUAUCCUGUUAUUUGGUAUCUCAGCGGUAAAGAAUUGCUAUGACAACAGAAGAUGGUCUUAUAAGUUAUUCAACGUCACUACUGAUACCGCUUCUAAUACGUAUGCCAGAUCUCCAGGUGAACUUGAAGCAAUAGCCAUGACGGAGCAUAUAAUGGAACGUAUAUCUUACGAACUGGAUAGAGAUCCUUUAGAAGUGCGUUUGAAGAAUUUGAAUCCACAAUAUUCAGAUCUAGCUGAAAUUGUUGCGAUGUUAGUUGAAGAAAGUGAAUAUAAUAAACGGAAAGAAGAAGUAAAUGCUUUUAACAAAUUGAAUCGUUGGAAGAAACGAGGACUUCGUGUUGCUAUGAUGAGUUGGCCUGCUUCAACUGUGAUGGACUUUCAUGUUCAACUAACAGUGUACCACGGUGACGGUUCUGUAGUUAUAAGACAUGGGGGUAUAGAUAUGGGUCAGGGUAUUAACACGAAAGUAGCUCAAACAGUAGCUUACGUACUACAAAUACCUUUACAUAAAGUUAAGAUUAAACCAACAGAAGUUUCUGCAACUCCUAAUACCAUUAUCACUGGUGGAAGUCGAACAACACACGCUGUUUGCUUUGGUGUUACCAAAUGUUGCCAACUUCUUCUAGACAGAUUAUCUACAGUCAGGGAGACAUUGAAUGAUCCUACUUGGGAAUUACUAAUACAAACUGCAUACUUACGUGGUAUAAAUCUACAAACAAGUUACAGAGUUACCCCCAAUGAUGAAGAAAUUUUUAGAGUGCCAGGGGCAGUCGUAGUAGAAGUGGAACUUGAUAUAUUAACAGGAGAACAUGAUAUUUCAAGAGUAGAUAUCUUGCAAGAUGCUGGAUUUAGUAUAAAUCCAGAAAUAGAUAUUGGACAGAUCGAGGGAGCAUUUAUGAUGGCGACUGGAUACUGGACAUGUGAGCAUUUGAUUUACGACAAAAAGACCGGAGAGCUGCUCACUGAUCGCGCGUGGAACUACCACGUGCCUCUCGCUAAAGACAUACCCAUUGACUUCAGAGUCAAACUCCGCCCAAAUUCAUUUAAUCCCGUUGGUGUUCUGGGAGCUAGAACAACAACAGAGCCGCCGAUGUGUCUAGCGGUGAGCGUGGCGUUUGCUUUGAGAGCUGCUAUAGUUUCAUCGCGAGAAGAAACCGGAUAUCCUAGGACUGAAUGGUUUCACCUUGAUGGACCAUUUACUCUGGAAAAAAAUGUUUUGAAAGCUGAUGUUAAUUUGAAAGAAUUUUGCGGGUGUCGAUGA